AUGAACCCUAGGCUUGUGUUUGACAUUACAUUACAUGGAUUUCUUCUGUGGGCUUCAAUGGGAUUCUUGAUGCCCGUGGGUAUACUUGCUAUCCGAAUGUCUAACGGUGAGGCUAAUCAAAGAAGGCUCAGAAUGAUUUUCUAUAAAGUUGCUGUACUUGUGGCCACAGUAGGAGCAAUCAUGUCCAUAAAAAACUUCAACAAUGCUUUUAACAAUAAUCAUCAAAGAGUAGGAGUGGCACUCUAUGAUAUUAUCUGGCUUCAGGCCAUUCUUAGUAUUUUUAGACCUCAAAGGGGGUCUAAAAAGAGGACUGUAUGGUUCUUUCUGCAUUGGAUACUUGGAACUGUGAUUUCCUUCCUGGGAAUUUUGAAUGUAUAUAUAGGCUUACAAGCCUACCAAGAGAAGACAUCAAAAAGCAUACGAAUAUGGAACAUACUGUUCACCGUUCAGCUUGUUACCAUAGUCUUCUUCUACCUUCUUCAGGACAAAUGGGUUUACUUACAGAAGCAGGAAGUGAUUUUGGGCAAUGAAUGUUCAGAAAUUUGUUCAGAUAUCACGCAAAAGGAAGUGAAGGCUGAGUCUUGUUGAGAGGGACUUUUCUUAUAGGUUUUAAACUAUGUGGAUAUAUAUUCUUGAAUAAAUUAUUAUUGUUUUUAAAACAGGAUUGACCUUUCAAAGA